AUGACAAGUUGUUCAUUUCCCAUUCAUAGUUUUGUUCCUGUUGGAUUCAGAUUCCGUCCUACAGAUCAAGAGCUUGUUAACCACUAUCUCACAAACAAACUACUCGGAAAUGUUUCCGUUGUUAACAAUGUUAUAGCGGAAGUUGAUGUAUGCAAGUUCGAACCAUGGGAGUUACCGGGUUUUUCUGUUAUAAAAUCUGAUGAUCCAGAGUGGUUUUUUCUGUCUCCGCGUGAUUAUAAAUAUGCUAACAGCAAGAGGUUUAACAGGGCUACAAAGUAUGGAUUUUGGAAGGCUACUGGUAAUGACAGGAAAAUUAAGAUUAGGGGUAGUGAUAAGGUUAUUGGGACUAAGAAGACUCUUGUUUAUUAUAAAGGUCGUGUUCCUGGUGUUAAGACCAAUUGGGUUAUUCAUGAGUAUCAUGCUGUCAACUUCGAGGAUGCUAAGAGGACUUUUGUUUUAUGCCGCUUGAUGAAGAAAGCGGAGAAAAAAACUGAAGAGGAAGCUGAUAUAAUGAUCUGUGAUGAAGGGGAGCCUAGCAGACACAUCAGUUCCGACUGCGAAAUUCAAGAAGCUGUCAAAGGAAUUCCAGAUGUAAUAAGCGAUCCUUUACCAGAAAUGAACAUGGAAUCGAUAUUUCAAGAGCCACACCAGGCAGGUAGAUACAUUCCCUUCUCGACGCAACAAUCUUUGAUAUCUGAAAAUGAGCAGGAAGUUUCUGUCUCAAACUUCCGAUUUCCCAAUGCCUAUUUUGGAAAUGAGAAUAUCGACUUUCAAAGUCCGUUUGAGACUAUUGAAGAGGAAGAAAAGUUCGUCAACUCAAUGUUGAUCGAUAGGGAAUUCGUUAGUAGUGAAAAAAGAAGACAAACUUUUGUCAACGGUUCCAUUGAGUCCGAGUCGUUGAGAAUGGUCUACUAUGAAAACAGCGACGCAGAUGUUGAAGUAGUCUCUACGCCGCCGUUACGCAAUUUUCUAGAUACUUCAACAAUGUAUCUGGAACAUCCUAGUUCACGCAAAUACGGAAGUGCUCGUGUUCUAUCCUUUAACAACGAUGAAAGCAAAGACGAACAUGAGAGUACCUAUUACGAUGAUUUUGGGGGAGUGGAAGCAUCCUCUUGUGACUCAACUGCUGGUAAACCUUUGGAGAUGAGCUGUUUCGAAAUUUCUAGUUCUUCUUCGACACCAAGAAGAGACAAAUAG